CGUUCAGUCAGUGUAUCGAAGUGGAAUUGGUCGGAACUGUCCGGUGUGCUAGACACCAUCGCGCUCUCUCUCUUUUUCCUUCUAAACGGUGCGUGUGUGUUGUUUGUGGUUGAGUGUAAUUGACGUGAUUCGAUCACUUUGCAGUUGUGUUGAAAAGGGAAACCAGUGAAAGCAAGAGGAGAAGAUCGUGUUUAUUAGAGGAGAUUGAGGCCAGUUUCAGAGAACGCUGGCGAAUUUGAGCCGUGGUCGUGCGCUUUUCACUUGUUAGCGAAUCGGCACGAUCCACAUCGAUACCCGUUCGAAUCUCAUCUGCACACACACACACAUUCUUUUUGGCUACAGCGCGAAGUUCUUUCGUGUGUGUAGUACCAAAGUUCGGGGGAGACAAAUGAGAUGCCUCCCUUGUUGCGUGAGCAGUUGCAGAAUUCCUACGGCGAGAUGCCAUCAGCCAACAACAGCACUGGCAGCAGCAACAGCAACAACAACAGCGGUCGGAUCAAAUGCGUACUGGUUGGCGAUGGAGCUGUGGGCAAAACUAGCUUGAUUGUCAGUUACACAACUAACGGCUAUCCGACAGAAUAUAUACCGACUGCUUUCGACAACUACAACGUGGUAGUCAAUGUGGAUAACCAGCCGAUACUGCUACAACUCUGCGAUACUGCCGGCCAGGAUGAUUUCGAUAACCUACGGACGCUUUGCUACGACAGCACGGAUGUCUACGUGGUCUGCUUUAGCGUCGUCUCGCCCGCUUCUUUCGCCAACGUCGCCUCCAGGUGGUUGCCGGAAAUCCGUCGUCAUUCGCCCGACACGCCGGUCAUCCUCGUCGGGACUCAGGCCGACCUAAGAUCCGAUGUCAAAGUGCUGAUUGAACUGGCUCGCUACGGUGAAAAACCGGUCGGCGAGCUGGAGGCCAUCCGGCUGGCCGACCGACUCGGGGCCCGGACUUAUGUCGAAUCUUCGGCUCUGACUCAACGCAACUUGAAGGAAGUUUUCGACGAGGCCAUCGUGGCGGCGCUGUCGAGCAACGACGACCUGCGACGCUUGACGGCGGCUUCCUCUUCCGGCCGAUCUCGGACGGGCAACCGGCUCCUCAAUUCCCUGCGUGACAAUUGGCGGCUGUCUCAAUCGAGCGGGUCGACGGAGCGCGGCGGUCUGCUGUUGCGCUGCUCGCUGAGACGCAGCAAAAUGGCCGACAACAACAUCAGCUCGUCGUCCAAUUCUUCGUCGUCCACUUCCAAUACGACGACGACGACUAAACAGCAACCCAACGGCAAGAAGAAGAACCCCAACAAGAGACCGUCGCUAUGGAAACGACUUUUCUGCUGUCACUGCUGUUGCGCAACGGCGUGAAGAUUCAAACUCCGGCCGAUGAUGAGUUAAGUGAUUCCACAAACACAACACGCGCCCCUAUACCCUCCCCCAUCGUUUGUUGGUUAUUUUUUUUUUUUUCAAAUUUAAUUUGAAUUUUGUUGAAAUUUUGUUGAUUUCGACUGGACUGUGAUUUUACCCCCCGUUUACCAUCGGCCAUUAUUCAACACACAAACUCUUAACGGCUUCGCUGCUUGAAUGAACAUUCGGUUAAUACUCAAAAAAAGAAAGAAAAAGAGAAAGAAGUUGGACAGGAGCGAUCCAUUGAGAGUAAAAAAUGAUGACGUUAAUCGAUUGGUUCCAACACACAAUGUCCUCCAUUUAAUAUAUAUUUGAUUAUCGGGCGAUUUUUUCUCUUUUUUCACACUGUGCUACAAGGGGGGGGGGGGGAGAUAGGAAUAGAAAAAAAAGGCUCCCUAUGUGUGUGUGUGUGUACAUUGUGUGUGAGAUUUGUUUGUUGUGAGCGCGUUUUUUGGUUGUCCACAAAUAUUGCAGGCCGGACCCGUGAGAAAGACCGAACCAUAAGAAGAAAGAAAGAAAGAACGAAAGAGAGUGUGUGUGUGUGUGUAUAUAGAUUGGGUGGAGGGGAGGGAUUUGCCUACCCUUAUGGGAUUUAUAGCGUGAGAGAGAAAAACAUAACGUCGCUUCUCUGCGGGAGAGGACACCCGAAAAGGGGAGUAAGUAAACAGGCGCCAUACUUUUUUUUUUUGAAAAGAAAAAAAUUGUUCAUUUUACUUUUUGGCUUUUUUUUGUGUUAUUUGAGUAUAUAUAUGUCUAUAUACACACACCCUACUACUACUACUACUACUACCCACAAUUGUAUUAAAUAUUGUGCAUAUUCCGCGAUUGAUUUUGGCGCGAUGAUUUGAAAACACAGUCGGCUGUCUAUUAAAUAAAAAGUUUGUACAUUUUUCUCUGUUUGGCCGCCAUUGUUGUCAACGUGGUUCGUCGUGUGUUUAGUGUUUCAUUUGUGACCGUUGAACUUCUUGAUUGUGUGUACAGUCCUUUUCCUCUCCCUUUUAGACAAUUGUGUCUACUAUAGAAUUUCCAAGUGAUACACGCAUCCGCUGUUAUUUCUUUUCUCCUGUUUUCCCUUAUAGCUCACACUUUUAAAAAUGUUCACACUCUGACCCCUCUUCUUCUUCUCUCUUAUAUCCACCCCCCGUUAUCUUUAGCCAGACAGUUUCUUUUUU